UCAGUAACAUGCAUGUAAACCCGACCGACCUCCCGACGCUGCGGUGCUAUCCUACCCACCAAGAAGUGACUACAACCUCGCAAAGAACACCCGAUUCUCGCCUCGUAUGAUCCAACCACUUCGCGUAUGGCUUUUGCUCUCCACUUCCGACGCAAAAUGUUGCCAAUACUGACGGAGUAGCGCGCCCGGGGAGUCAAGCUAUCGCCUCGUAUCUUUUCACUGCUCCUAACAUUGUUGCAGGAGGGACACGCGUUGGUUGCUGUUUGCUGUGGCUGUCUGUAGUGGUAGUCGUGGUGGUGGUGGACGGGAACACGGCUAGGCUACAGGCCCAGGCGUUCGCGUUCGUGUUUUUUUGAUCCAAUAUCUACUGAUGUUUCGGACUAUACCUGAGUUUUAAUGUGCGCCAAGGAAAUCGGGGGGAAUCUUUGUCCUGGUUUUAACGCGGAACAUGUCUCUCUCAUGGCUCACUUGUUCACUUCUCCUAGGAACUUUAUGUGCAGGCUACAGUCUGGGAGAGGUGGAGACGCGGGAGUGUGUCUACUACAAUGAUAACUGGCGGACGGAGCGGACCAAUCAGAGCGGCUUCGAGAGGUGCGAGGGCGAGAAGGACAAGCGUCUGCACUGCUACGCCUCGUGGCUCAACUCCUCAGGGACCAUCAAACUGGUGAAGAAGGGCUGCUGGCUCGAUGACUUCAACUGCUAUGACAGGCAGGAGUGUGUGUCCAUGGAGGAGAACCCACAGGUGUUCUUCUGCUGCUGUGAGGGAAACUACUGUAACGAGCGCUUCACGCACCUCCCAGACGUCAUCGGCACCGGCAACCGAGUGAAGAUCCGGCCUCCUCAGCGCGUGCCCUCCCUGUUGAAUGUAUUGGUGUACUCUCUGCUGCCUCUGUGCGUUCUGUCCUUGGCCCUGGUCCUGGCCUUGUGGAUGUACCGCCACCGCAAACCUCCGUACGGCCACGUCGAUCUCAGUGAGGAUCCCGGGCCAACUCCUCCGUCUCCUCUUGUUGGCUUGAAACCCCUGCAGCUGCUGGAGAUCAAAGCUAGGGGGCGCUUUGGAUGUGUGUGGAAGGCCCAGCUCAUGAGUGAAUACGUCGCUGUCAAGAUCUUUCCCGUUCAGGACAAGCAGUCGUGGCAAAAUGAGCGGGACAUUUUCUUGACUCCUGGGAUGAGACACGAGAAUAUCCUGCGGUAUAUCGCUGCAGAAAAACACGGAUCCAACCUGGAGACGGAACUGUGGCUCAUAACGGAGUUUCAUGAAAGGGGCUCUCUGACAGACCACCUGAAGGGGAACUCUGUGUCGUGGACAGAGUUGUGUCACAUCGCUGAGACCAUGUCCCGUGGUCUGGCCUAUCUCCACGAGGACAUCCCCAGCUACAAGGGAGAGGGCCCCAAACCCACCAUCGCACACAGAGACUUCAAGAGUAAGAACGUGAUGCUGCGCGAUGAUCUGACGGCCGUGAUCGGGGACUUCGGGCUGGCUGUGCGGUUUGAACCAGGGAAACCUCCAGGAGACACGCACGGACAGGUGGGCACGCGGCGGUACAUGGCGCCGGAGGUCCUGGAGGGGGCGAUAAACUUCCAGCGGGAUUCUUUCCUUAGGAUCGACAUGUACGCCAUGGGUCUGGUGCUGUGGGAGCUGGUGUCCCGCUGCUCCGACUCAGAAGGUUUGGCGACAGAGUACAUGCUACCGUUCGAGGAUGAAAUUGGCCAGCACCCGUCCCUGGAGGAUCUGCAGGAUGCGGUGGUGCACAAAAAGAUGCGUCCAGCCAUCAAGGACCUGUGGCUCAAACAUCCGGGUCUGGGUCAGAUGUGCGAGACCAUAGAGGAGUGCUGGGACCACGACGCGGAGGCUCGACUUUCGGCCGGCUGCGUCGAGGAGCGGAUCGUCCAGAUCUCCAGAAUCACCAGCGGGCCUACCUCCGACAACCCCGUCUCCAUAGUAACGGCUCUCACCAACGAAGACCUACCUCCCAAAGAGUCCAGCACCUGAGCGCCACUCUCCCCGCCAGUUUUUUCGCCCCUCCCUCCCCGCUCCUUUCCCCACGAACUUUUUAUUCAAAUCCAAACUCAGCGGUGAAAAAAAAAAAAGCGUCAUGAAUGCAGCUGCUAUUUUAAUACCCCCCUUUGCCCCGUCGUUAGGUUGUUUUUACGUAACAAAAACCGGAUGACGCACAAAACAAAAUGGAGGACAAAGGCGAGUCUAUACAGGCCGGAUGCAAUUUUGAAAUGAAAAUCCCAAACUGAAAAGCUCAUUUUUAUUAGCAGGUAAGCAAGCAACCUUGCUCAUUAUUUUUACAGCUAAAAAGCCUGACUACUUACAAGGUUAAUGACUCUCAGAACUGGCUAAAUUAGAUCAAAUCCAAUUAUUUUCUAACCGUACAAAAUGCUUUUCGAGGAAUCAGCUUUCCACUAAUCAGACGUGUGCCCUGUUCAAAUUGUAAGAGUUCUCAUAAUUAUUUUCAACCAAAUUUGAUUAGAAAAUAAGAGGUUCUGGCACCUUAUGAACUUAAAAAAUCAUCUAUAUUUCAUUUAUCUUAUUUUUGAUACAUAACGCAAAUUUAAAUGAAGUGAUUGUGAAAUGGGCUUAAAAUUUGUACUUUUCACUUGGGAUGUUUUCGUUGAAAUUCGCAUCCAGCCUCUCGAGUAACCAUUGCGUCUGGCCUCCGUCUUUGUUCGCGACAUCGCCGGUUUCGACAAUGUGAAAACGAGAUAUAUACCGGUAUUUUUUUAUUUUUAGUCCGAUUUUUGUACUAACACAUCCAUCUGCUGUAGUGAGUGGUAGGAAUAAGCUAUGGGCGGGCACAUCAGCGUUCACCAUGUGUCAAAUCUUAAUGUCAUUACCUCAUGCAUGACUUUGUGUUAGACUAUUUUAUUACCUCAUAAGUUUGUCAUUUUCUGUGUCUUUGGUCAUGAGCGUCUUGGCGGCCAAAUGAACCUUCUUGUUUCUUGCUGCACCUCGGGAGGAAAACCGCUUCGAGACUGUUAGACAAAAUAUACUCAUCUUCCUCAGGGGUUGAAGAUUUUUAAAAACAAACAAAAAAACCUGAGUGUGUGUGUGCUCCCUUUAUGCUAACGCCGAUCAACUUCGGAGCACGCCAGAAAGAAGGAGCAAGCAUCCUGGACAUUUUGUGAAGAUUUCGGGACAAACUGGACUUGUGCCCGAGGAACUACCUCUCAGGUAUUCAGUCGGCUUCUUCGGAACAUUUUUAUCUCUGAGUUUGAGAGCCAAGCUAUACCCGGCUAGCUAUCAUGGACAUACGAUUCCUGGAUUUUUUAAAUGUAGAAAUUCAAGAGUUACUCCUUUGCCAGUGCCAGGGGCAUUGAUGGAUGCUGUCCGGAGUUGCAAUGUUACACAUUCUUGAUUUUAAGUGAUUUGAGUGAACGUGAGUGUGCAAAUGUGCAAAAGUAUUUCGGAAAAAGUUGGGGCGCUGUUUCAAGGUGGGUUAAAACAGAUUUAGUCAUUUGUAAAUUGUGUAAAAAUGUGUAGAAAAAUAUUUUAACAGUACAAACACUAAUCCAAAAGGCCCCCAAAUUAGAGAUCGACCGAUUAGUGUUUCUUUUUUUCAGGAUGAAUGCCGAUAGAGAUCAAUGUUUUUUUAUUAUUUUCUGUGAAUUAUCAAAUUUUUACACAACUGUGCUAAAAAACAAAAAACGUUAUACUUAUUUUACAAGCAGCUGGUUGGGCCAAACAAAAAUAUCGGCCUCUGCUGGAGAUUUAAGGUCAAUUUGAUAAAAAAAAUGCACCAAGUUUGGAAAAUACUGUAUAUUUUAACCAGAAGUAUUGAUUUUUUUCUUUUUAAGUGCUCAGUAAACUACACAUAUUUGUAACUAGAGCAACAUAAAAUUGAAAUAAUGAAUAAUGUUUUGAACAAUCAGUAGGAUAUGAACUGAAAUGGCACUAUCCCUAUCGGUACCGUUAGAAUUUGUCAUUGCAAUAGGACUUGAAGCGUGACACAUCAAAUGAAGCCGGUUUGUUUUGAUUCGACCCUUCAGCCCCACAGCUUUUCCUGUUUUGUUUUUGCUCCUACUAAAAGACUGACUGGUUGUGAGUGCUGUGCGGCUCUGGAACCACGGGCAGAUAUGAUUUCUGGGGAUUUCUACUUUGCGCGAGGGCCAUACUUGAGUAUAUAAAGCAACAUGUCUGUUUAUUUUUUUAUUUUCUUUUUUGUUUUUUUGUUUUGUUUUUUUUUUUCCUGUUGGCUGUUUGUUGACUUAGCCUCAGUCGGACACCAGUCCCCCACAAAUACCUCACUUCACUGUAUACCUGUUUCAUGCAAGGAGAGCUCAAAAUGGUUGCCUUCUCAUCUCACAAAUGCAAAAUGCCAUAGUCGUACAGUAUAUAACCAUACAUGACUUUUUACCAUACAUUUGAAUGUCCGUAAUGCUGCUGUGACUAUUUUUCACAAUACUCAAGGAUUUGUAGAUGUUUAAUAUGACGCUAACCAUGAUACUCUGUGGCUAAUCUGUUUUUGUGUUCUUUUUUUCGAGUGAGCCUGCAGUCGGUUCACUCUUUCAGACUGACCUCAGAUAUUCUGACAAGUACCUCAGGCUUUUCUACAUGUAUAUCAACUUGUGUUAUGUAUUUGAUUGUGUUUUAGUAGUUGAAAUAUUUUAUUGCCGGUCAGGCCUUUGUCGUCUGUGGAGAUUUUUUCCCCUUUUUUCUAAAAUUUGAAGAGGCUGACCACUCGAGGUGUUUGAAAAAUGCUGUACAAACCGAAAAAAGAAGACUUGGGCGAUUAGUUGUAAAUAGCCUGGACAGAGUUCUUGUACACUGAUGUUUUUUUUUUUAAAGACAUAAUCAGGGCAUUAUGGAUGUUGUCAUUUACCACAAAGGGAUUCUCAGCUCCAAUCCUGCAGGUGCAUCUGAAGAAAUUGGAAAAUUGUGAAAAAGUGAAUGUAUUUUUGCAGCUUAAUUUGAAAGUGAACUACAUUAUAAACCAGUCAGGAAUUAGGACUAUCUGCUUUUAUUGAUUUUAAAUACUUCUAAUGACCACUAAUGUAUAUCUAAAACUAUAGCAGAACCACAAUUAUACUUCUAAAAUUAUUGCAACUAUAAGGACUGGCCCACUCUCUUUCCAUAUUGCUAUUUUGAACCACUUUUGAUGGAUACUGACCACUUAAAUGUAUUUUUGUGUUGAAUUAUACUGUAUAUUCUGAUCUACCCCCACUAAAGUUGCAGUAUUUGAGAUACUCUGGUCUGGCCUCAGUUCGUAGCCAUCAGACAAUCUUAACAAAAAGUAUAGCUUGCACAUUUUAGACCUUUUUUUUUGUUGGUAAACAUGUACCACUUCCAUUUACCUUGGACAUACCGUUUUGUAAGAGUAACGUGGUCCAAGAAAUUACUUUAGUAACAGUGAAAAGGUAUUUGGGAAACUAGUAAAGUAAGAGUAACUUCAAGAGUGACUAUCUGAUUUAUAAUUUGAAGUUGAUGUAAUUUGAAGUCCAAAAUGUUAAAUAAUGCAUGAACACAAAAUGAAAUGGACACAAAAAUGAGAAAUGAAAUCAUAUCUGAAGAAGCAGUGCAAGAAAUGUUCAAAUCAUUACAUAUUCACAUAGUAAGAGUACUUUUACUUCAAUAAAAAUGACUCAAGUAGCAGUCAAAAUAUGCUGCUAGAAAAGAAAAGUACAAUUUCUUUCAAAUUUACUCAAGUAAAAUCAAACUUGAGCUCGACUUACUUCUACCGACUGCUUGUUUUUAAUGUUUUUUCACUUCCAAUUUUGCUGUUUAAAAUUUUAAAUAUUCCACAAAUUCCACUUAUUUUUCUUUUAGACGCACCUGUAUUGAAAAUCUUUUUGACAACACGCCCUGCGAUUUUCUAUACUGAUUUUAAUGGUAUCAGUUUGUCUGGGUCAGAAGCUGUGUAGGUAGCACUUGCAUCAUUAGAAAGCUCUAUUGCUGUAUAUCAUUGAAUGGGGGAGAGAAGAGGAAAAAAAAGAGAGACUACAAUAAUAAAAAUUAGCACGGGAGUCUUUGCUAUUGGGCCCCUACUUCUGCCGGAAAUGCCAGUUGAAACAGUAUUACCUCUAUAUUAACCCGCUGAUGUGACGCUAGGAUCUGCUCAGAUAAAGUUAACAUUGGACAACACGUACUAGUAUCUACAGGCCUCGUAAAAGUGUUGUCACGAUACUAAAAUUUCAAGCUCGAUACUAAGGAACAGACUCGAUAUCAGUUCCGAUACCACGAUGACAACGAAAAAAAACACAAUUUCUUUAGACGGUAGAAUGUGAUUUUCAACUUCAUAGUGCUUUCUUUUAUACUACGUUACGGUCUUCUGUCUGUGUAAUCCCUCGGUCGUCCAGUCGUGCUCUUAUACUUUUUCUGACACAGCUCGAGAUCGUUCUAAAGCUCUUCAGGAAAGGUUCAUCCCUGUCCUGUGAAUGUGACUUUUUGUAGUAUCGAUACCUGCUCAGAUGAGUAUCUGGUUUCCGUUCUCGUUUUAGUAUCGAUCAGUAUCCGUUUUUCGAUACUUUUGACAACGCUAAGGCCUACGGUUAUAGUCGAGUGUUAAAGAUGGUGACUUUGAAAUAAUAAUGGUAUUAUUCUAUACAGUUUUGGGUAUUAAAACAUGCAGAAAGAUGGUGUUCUGAAGAAACCACUUGUCUCUAAUUGAGAAUUCACGUGCUGGCCAUUUUAUUAGGUACACCUGAACCCAUGGUUGCGGUUGUUUGAGUUGACGUUCUAUUCAACUAGUCUAUGGUAUCGGUUUUUCAUAAAAUACACUGACCAAUCCAUAUUGUAUCAAAAAUUGUUGAUUGAGUUGUCACAUUUCUUAACCUGAUUUCAUCCCUGAUCAUUUUAUUGUGCAAAACCAAAGUAAUUUUCACGAAACGUUUAAUUUUACGACGAUUUAAUGCUGUUGUAAACCUGAAAUAAGCUAAACAUAUAAUUCAAAUUCAAUCAUUCAGGAAAUAUGCUGUUUUUUCAUAUUUUGAAUUGUUAUGCUGCAACUACUUAAAGAGGGGGUAUUAUGUAAAAUCAAUUAAUAUUUUUUAAAGCUUUCUACCAUGUUAUUAGUCUGAUUCAUCAGCCGGUUUGUAGAAACCGUCUGACCUCGCAGCCUUAGAAUUCGUUCAUUUGACGGUAGGCGGGUACAUUUUUUAUUUAACCAAUCGCUGUUAUUUGGUUGUGACGUAUGUAAUGCUCCAAAUCCCGUAGGAAGAAGGGCAAUAACGUCUUUCCCCUUGAUAAAAUUCGCCAAACAUUGUCUUUGUUCCAGCUUUAAAUCCUCGAUCUCGGGAAUCGUUGCCAACACAGAAUGUAUGGCUCUUCGCUGAUUGGCUGGUGCCCGAACUCGCACUCCUGGGGUUUUUGCGAAUCAUCUAGUGUGUUCUGAUUCCUGACCUAGUCCCUGGAGAGAAAUGAAAUUAAGCAGAGACACUAGGUGGCGCCAUAUUAUAACAUUCUCAUCAAAAACAUGCCUGAAGAGCUUGUAGAUCCAUGCAUGUUUGAGCAAUUUAGCGAUCUUUCCCAGGCCUAAUUAGCUGUAAGAUUCUGUGCAAAGCUCCGCCCACAAGCCGACAUCACCCAUUCUCCAAAAAUAUACAAAGGCGUGACACAAAACUGUACGCAACAACUUCACAAACCUGAUGCGAUGUGUAGUAGUUUCAUUAGAGGGAUGCGUGUGCUCUGAAGGGGAGCGACUUAGCACGGAGAGAAAAACAAUGAAAGUUAACAUGGUGAUCUAAAUAUGUAGUAAUACCCCCUUUUUAAGAAUAUUUACACAAUCUCUUGAAAAAUUUUCAGAUAAGCUAAACAUUGCAACUGUAUUCAACUGCAUUAAUUUGUUUUCACGUCCCCCUUUAGGUCCUCGGCCCGCUAGUUGAGAACCGAUGACCCGUUAUAACACCUGAGCUGAAUUUUCAACGAAUGUUUGGUGCGAACUACUCUUGAAAAAAAUCCAUUCUCUUGCUGCUAUGCCCAACAACUAUCUGCAUUAACCAGCAAAAUAAACUAGCGCGUACCUAAGAAAAUGGCCAGCUCGCGUAAUCUCACGAGAAUUCACGUCGACAACGGACUAGGCAUAGUCCAGAGAGAGGUCCAGCAAUAUUUAUUAUACAGCAAUAGUCAUACGAAUACCACGUAAUUCAAGUCAUUUAGCUGUGAGUUUGCGGCGUCUACUUCUGCCGAUCUAUAGCGCAUCUCAGUACACCUGGAUCAUGUUCGAAAUGGUCAAAUUUUAGCAUAGAAAGGUUAAAAAUAUUGGUAAAAGUUGGCGAACGUGUAAAUCUAGGUGCUUAUAUUUCACGUAUUGUGCCAGAAAACGGAGAUUGCGAGGUAAAAAGUGAAAAAAAAACUUAUGGAUUUUUACCUACUGCUGUCUUAAGCCUAGCUCUUCUGAACAGAAAAAAAACCCACUUACCUCAUGCAGUACCUUGUUAGAAACGCUAACAUGGAAGUCAGUCAUCUUCUGGAAUAAAACUGAAAAAUUUCUGAAAAAAAAAAAAAAAAAAAAAAUCUAUUAUCAUGUAUAUAUUUACUUGACAAAUGUAAAGGGUUUCUUCCUUUCAUGUGUGAAUCCUGUGAAAGCAAAGUCCUACUCUUUUUGAUUUUCAGACCGCUUGUUCAUUUCUUGUAGUGUUUUUGAGAGCGUGAAUGCGACGUGCGGACGGAUGAGUGGAGUCCCUGUUUCAUGUGAAUCGUGUGUGUCGAUAAAGAUUGUGCGCGUUUGAAUUUCACAAAAAACUGAGUGCGAGUGGCUAUGUUCUAUGUAUGUGAGACGAAAUGCUUAGAAAUAUAAACUAGAAGAGAAUACAUCCAUCUUUUGUAUAUGAAAAUAAAGACACUGAUUAACCAUG